ACGGAAGAAAACCAAAUUCGUUUCCCCCAUCAGCUUUUGUUCCCAAUUGCAAACCCACUCUUCAGUCACCGCACCAUAGAACAUCGAAGACCUCCUUUUAUCUUCGUCGUCAUCCUCGGCAGUAGUAGGCACCAGCGGAGCUCCGUCAGCCACCGCCGAUCACCCAGAACAAUGGCCAGUAGUGAUGCCGAGGCCAGUACUCUAACUGCUGCAGAUACUUUAUCCAUGGCCAGUGGCAAGGAACCAGUUAAUGAGCAAGUGAUCGCAAAUUUGUAUGCUUCUAUGAGAACUGAACUCAAUCGAAUUUACUCAAAAAUCACUGAACUCGAAAUGGAGGUUAGCGAGCACUCACUGGUUAUCAAUGCCAUUCAGCCACUGGAUCCAUCCAGACGAUGCUAUCGCAUGAUCGGAGGGGUGCUGGUGGAGAGAACUAUCAAAGAGGUUCUGCCCGCCGUGCAGCGCAACAAGGAAGGCCUUGAAGAGGUUAUUGCCAGGCUUAACGAGACAUUGGAAAAGAAGAAAAAGGAAAUUGCUCAGUUUGAGGCUAAAUAUAAAAUCAGAAUAAGAAAGCCAGACCAAGAAGAGAAAGACGACGGUAGCCGGAAAGAAGGCUCUGCACAAGGAGUUCUUGUAGGCCCUGCUGGUGCAAGUGAUUAAAAUUUUUUUCCAUUGUAGUUAGCCGGGUGCCAGCAAUCUGAAUGUUUGGUUUUUAAGAUCACUCUGAGUACGACUUGGUAAUUUUGGUUGCUUGAAUCUCAACUAGACUGUUCGUGUCUUUUUAUUUGAGAGAAUCUUCUUAAGUGGGAAAUUGCCAAACACAUACUCAAUGCUUGUUAAUCUGCUAGUGCUCCAUAUAUGUAUACUCUUUGUUUCAUAGUAGAGGGAGAUCGUACUUGUUUA